AUGAUAAUAUCUGACUGUUUUCGUCAUUCAUGGAAUUGGAUAACUCACUUAAACUUGAAGAGUAUAAAAGUGCAGACAGAGAGAAUGAAAAUGAUUGUUUCCAGGAUGUUGAUGACUGCGAUUGUUCUUUCAGUGGUAGUCGAUUCGAUAGUUGCAUCAGACUGCUAUGAAUGCAUAAAUUGUAAACAUGUGGAUAGACGUACUCCAAGAAAAAGUAAUUGUGGAGGUUGUCUUAAAUAUGUGUUUAAUGGGCAGGGCAAUCGCGUAGACAGACAGUGUGUAGCUACCUGUAAUGGCGUACAACAAACGACAGAUUACAGAGUCUACUGCUGCAGAGGGAAUUUAUGCAAUUCCAGCUCGAAAGUCACACUGAACGCAACAUUUAUUUAUUCGAUUCUUUUUAUCGCUGUAACUACAAUAUUUUAUAACAAAUGA